AUAUUCCUGGCGCAACACGCUAUCGGCCUUUUCCUUUUUCACUUUGGUGGUGAAGGUGCAACAGUUCUCGGUCGUCCCGAAUUCGGGUUCAUCCGACACCCUCACCAAUUCAAAUUGAACUGAGCUGAGCUCAACUUCGUCUGGUACACCAUGCCUCCUAAAUUCGACCCCACCGAGAUUAAAGUUGUGUACAUGAGAUGCACAGGUGGAGAGGUCGGUGCCACUUCCUCGCUGGCCCCCAAAAUCGGACCUUUGGGUCUUUCCCCUAAAAAGGUGGGUGAUGACAUUGCAAAGGCCACCGGUGACUGGAAGGGCCUGAGAAUCACUGUGAAGCUGACCAUCCAGAACAGGCAAGCAGCGAUUGAGGUGGUGCCAUCAGCCUCUGCCCUCAUCAUCAAGGCCCUGAAAGAACCUCCCCGUGACAGGAAGAAGGUCAAGAACAUUAAGCACUCUGGAAGUGUCACUUUCGAUGAGAUCAUCACAGUUGCCCGUGUCAUGAGGCCACGAUCUAUUGCCAGGGAACUUUCUGGUACCAUCAAGGAGAUUCUUGGCACAGCUCAGUCUGUGGGCUGCACCAUUGAUGGUCGCCCUCCCCAUGAUGUCAUCGAUGACAUCAACAGUGGCAAAAUUGAGUGCCCAGCUGAGUAAAAUGAGGAUUGAAGACAAAUAAAACUUUGAUAAAAGUCCAA